CUUGAGCAUGCCAUUUGGCUAUUCCAAAUGGGGGAGGUGCAAGUUGAUGAUCAAAUGAGUACCCAUGGUAUGAGCACAACAACAAAAACUCCACUCAAGCUCAACAAGGUGUCUGGGAAGGAGUCAUCAAGUGUGCUGGCAUUCUCUGAGCAGAAUUUGGGCACCAGAACUCACAACCAUCACACAUCCAUUUCUAAAGGCAAUAACACUGUGCUGAGUGAGAUUGUUCCUAUGGCUCAUACCCUCAUUAUC